CAAAAUCCUAGUCACUCUCCUCUCCUUCCUUUGCUCAACACACAAAACAAACAAAAACGCUCAUUUUCUUUUUUCUCAGACACUAAAACGGCAACAGCGCAUCAACAGCGACGACACACAAAGUGUCUACUACUUCCCUUGAAUCGGAGCAGUAGCUGCAGCGAGCAAUUAGGGUUUAAACUACAGUAGAAACAGUUGAAACAAAAAAAUGCAUUCGUUUGGUUACAGAGCAAAUGCUUUGCUAACGUUCGCCGUCACCAUCCUGGCGCUAAUGUGCGCCAUGGCUUCUCUCUCUGAUAACCUAAAUUCGCCGGCUCCUUCUGCCCAAAUCCAGAUAUUGAAUAUCAAUUGGUUUCAGAAGCAGCCGCAUGGAAAUGAUGAGGUCAGCCUCACUAUGAAUAUAACAGCUGAUUUACAGUCAUUAUUUACAUGGAACACAAAGCAGGUUUUUGUGUUUGUAGCUGCAGAGUAUGCAACCCCAAAGAAUGCCUUGAAUCAGGUUUCACUUUGGGAUGCUAUUAUACCUGCCAAAGAGCAUGCAAAAUUUUGGGUUCAGACUGCAAACAAGUAUCGUUUUGUUGACCAGGGAAGCAAUCUUCGUGGUAAGGAAUUCAAUUUGACUUUGCACUGGCAUGUCAUGCCCAAGACUGGGAAAAUGUUCGCUGACAAACUAGUCAUGCCUGGAUACCGCUUGCCUGAGGAAUAUAGAUGAACAGAAUAGUGUUUUUGAUGUACUUUGUAGCUGUAACUUGAGCGGUUUUAAUAUGGAAUGAUUAAGUUCAGGAGAAUUAAAAAAGAAAACCUAGUACACAGAAACCUUCAUUAUUGGCAUAGAAAUUGAAUGCUGUUUGGAUUA